AUGGCAGACAUUCAAUAUACCUACUUAUUUGAUUUGAAAAAGCCUGAGUCGCUUAAUUUGUCACAUUUCCAAGAUUAUAGAUCGUUUGAGAAUAUUUACAGUCUAGAGUAUCAAUGUAAGAUGAAUAACUUGUUAAUAAGUGAGUUUUGUAAUACCUUGAUGAAAAAUCGGUCUGUCAAAGAAACGAAGUAUAUUAUAACAGGUGAAAGUUGCAGAAAUUUACAGAUCCCGGGAUAUAAGCAUAUUCAAAUUUUAAAUGGCAAGUCUAAUGUAGAUGAUUUGUUAGCUAAGUACAUUCUUAGCUUAGAUAAUUUUGAGAUUCAGCUUAGUACUUUGUUGGAUAUCUAUCAAAGCAUAUCACUGAAAGAUGUUAUUAGGGUGAAUAGUUUAGAAGAAUUAUUUUUACUUUUGAAGGUCUUAACUUCGAUGAUGAAAGCUAAUUAG